CCUGGCACCCGCCUUUUCGGGCGGCAAAACCCUACGACUGCAGGACUACGCCCACUGACUUCCCGCGCGCGCGCUCCCGCUCCCGCUGCCGGGCCGGUUUCAGCCCCAUCAGGCAAUCCCCUCUCCCCCUCCGCCCCCCAGCCGAAGCAGACCCAAUGUCCUGCGGUAGAGGCAGCACCGGCGAAGUCGAAGGAGGCAAAUCGGUCGCCGCGAUGACGCCGUGGCACGACAGCUUGGCGCCGCCGCCUCGCGUCCUCAUUUCCCACCGCCCUUCUGAUGCCAGCGGUCAAGGGAUUGUUCUGUCACUUCAACAUCCAAGAUCAGGAGAUGAAGUAGGGUAUCUAUUUAUUGAUGGCCAACUACAAGAGAUCAACUGGUUUAAGGAGCGUUAUGGUGCUUGGUUCUUGGGAGAUUAUGUUUGUGAAGAUGGUGGCCUUUAUUAUUGCACCCCUGUUGAUCCCAUCUUCAUUUUCCUACCAACUUUUGAAGCUGCACGUAUGUCGAACGAUAAGGAUCCAGGAAAAUUCAGACAAUUGGAUGAAAUAUUGUAUGUUGAGGGAUAUCCUGGUUAUCAGCAGCUAAUGAAUGUAGCUAACCACCAUAUGGAAUUGGUUUGUGAAGUAAAAGAAGUAUCUAACAUGAAGUUCUUUAGGCUGGACAACUCCAAGGUCUUAUCUUGGUUGUGCUGCAAGGUAUACGACCUAAAGGAGGUCUUCCCCAAGUUGGGUAAAAAUUAUGCCGCCCAAACAGAAAAAGAAAAAUUGAAGGAGGCUGUCCAAAUGAUCCGUGAAUAUCUGAAGGACGAACCAUGGUUAGCAUUACUAUGCAAGAAGCUGCAGCUGGAUAUCAAUGCGAUCACUGUUGAUGCGACCACCAAAACUGCUGAAGCUUCGGUUUAUGCGGACAGUUGUCCGGCACCUGCCCUCCCCUCUGAGAUGACCAUACAGAGUAAGACUGCGAAUGGUGGUGCCAAGUCAAGCAAAGGGAGGCCAGCGAAGAAAGCAAAGACAGAGGUAGGAUCCAAGAACAUCAAAGAUAUGUUCCGAAGGGUCACGAGGAGUGGAUCAGGAUCAUGAUGCCUUCCUGGAACUUUCGUGUGACUGACGCCUGUUUUGAUGCAUUUGGUCCAGCAUUCCCUUGUUGAAAAUCUAUGUAUCUGAGUUGCUGUGUCUAACAACAGAUUGGGAUUAUAUUGUAGCGUUAAUUGUUGAUUCAGGCAGUGAACUCUGCUAGUGUACAACCCUCCCUCCCGUCCCGGAUGUAUUUGUACCACAGUUGCUUGUAGUGCCGUUGUCUGCAGUAGUCUAUCCAAAGUUUAUUAAAAAACAUCUGUUCUACAUUUUA